CAUUUGAGGAGAUACAAGGUUGAACCAGGUUUGUUUUCAGGGAAUCUGUUGCGAUAAUCGCUCUUCUCUUUCGGAAGGAGGCAAAAGUAAAGGGGAGUGGGGAACCAGUUUAUAAAGUAAUAGAAGGACUGCAUACCUUUUAGCUGAAAGGCGGAGUGAGCAGAAGUUCAGCCCUCGGUGUACCGAAGGCACAGCAACAGAACUCAAGGAGAGGCCGGCCAACAGAAGCAUGGAGAACGCAGAGCAGGACAAGCAAGAGAAACCAGCUGAGCAGACCAACAGCAACCCCGACAAUGCCAAGCAGGUUGAUCAGACCAACAGCAAUCCGGAGAAUGCCGAGCAGGUGCAAAGAGCCAAGAUGGCUGAGCAGGCCGAGAGAUACGAUGAUAUGGCCGCUGCUAUGAAAGCGGUGACCGAGCAGGGCUGCGGGCUCAGCAUUGAAGAGAGGAACCUGCUGUCGGUCGCCUACAAGAACGUGGUGGGCGCCCGCCGCUCGGCGUGGAGGGUUAUCUCCAGUAUAGAGCAGAAGAACGAGAAAGACGAGAAGAAGUUACAGCUGAUUAAAAGCUACCGGGAAAAAGUAGAAGAAGAGCUCCGUGAAAUUUGCGGCGACGUCUUGGGGUUGUUGGAUAAUUAUCUAAUUCCCAAUACCACCUGCUCAGAGAGCAAAGUCUUCUACCUGAAAAUGAAGGGUGAUUACUUUCGGUACCUCGCUGAAGUUGCUUCUGGAGAUGACCGACAACAAACGAUACAAAACUCGCAAUCGGCAUAUCAAGCAGCAUUUGAAAUCAGUAAGGAAGGUCUGCCAUCAACACAUCCAAUCCGUUUGGGUCUUGCUCUUAAUUUUUCUGUGUUUUACUAUGAAAUUCUCAACUGUCCGGAAAGUGCCUGCAAGCUGGCAAAAGAUGCAUUUGACCAGGCUAUUAAAGAGCUGGAUAUUCUCCAAGACGAUAACUACAAAGACAGUACCCUCAUAAUGCAGUUGCUUAGAGACAAUCUUACAUUAUGGUCAUCUGAGAGUGCAGCUGAUGAGAGUGAACCUGUUGCAGCUGAGCCUGGAGAAAAUUAGGUGCACUCGAGGCACAAUUCUCCAAACUUUUUACACAUCUCCAUUCCUUACUACACUCAAAUUCCUAUAGUAACAAAAUUUGUCAGUACUGUACUUAUCUAUGUAUGGAAAGCCCCAAGUUUUGUCUUUAUAUACACACCAUUGCUUUAAAAGAAGUCCAUCCCUUGGUUUGUGUUGAUGGUUGUCUGCCUUUCUGGUAUGCAAUUACUGCUGUAGAAGAGUAUAUAGUUUUAACUUUAUAACGUGAGUAACCUCAAAAUAGAGGACAGAUUGUUUUAAUAUUUUAAAUACUUGCAAUGUUUGUAUUGUGAGCAUAUUAAUAAAUUGCUGCAUUAGAACGUAAUUCAGAUUUACUCCAAUACCCCUUUUUUGCUUGCUUCCCAUUGUCAAACCAUUUUCCAAAUUUGCCAAUUUCUAGUUCUUCAAGAUUUGACUUGUGCAUUAAGUACUCUUCAACACUCUUUGAUUUACAAUUGUCAUUAAUUGAAAACUGACAUAGCUGAAGUAAAAUAGUCCUUGCACACCUCUCUAUUCUGCAGGAAGACUGGCCUUGUGUAAACUAGUUACUUUGUGAAAAUAUAAGACUGAAAACAUUUAAAAUACUAUCAAGUUUUUUUUAAAGUACCUUGUGAUUUUGGAAAUCGUGAGUCUUAAUGUUUUUUAAGAAAGAAAUGAAUUCUUUGCCUAUUCAUGUCAUGCUAUUCACUUCUCAACUGUUAUAGAACAUUUCUGCUGAAGUUUAGAAUAUGCUUGUAAAUGAUUAAGUUACGUACAUGACUUUGAAUACACUGGAAUGGGAAAGCAUUGGAUUAUGCCUAGUAAUUUUUUUUUAAGCAUAUUAUUUCUUUGCAAGUUUGUGCAAAUAUAAGGGGAUUUUCAGUGAGAUUUGGACCACUAUAAUUGUUAGUUAUUUUAUCAUAAUCUCCAAAGGCCUUGUGAAAAUGUCAAUGCCCAAUGUAACAUGAAAUAAAUUACAUUUUAUAGACCAUUUUUACUGACU